CUCCCGUCCCCAUCCAUCCAUCCAUCCACCCACCUGCCCGUCCCUUGUCCACUAAACAGCCUCCGCACCAGACCCCGAACCUCAGCACCAGAAACAGCAGCCCAUCAUGGCCCAGAGCGUGCUCAAGCAGAAGACUGGCGUCAUCUACGGAGAUGACGUGAAGAACCUCUUCAAGUACGCACAGGAGAAGAAGUUUGCCAUUCCCGCCAUCAACGUCACUUCCUCCUCCACCGUCGUGGCCUCCCUCGAGGCAGCCCGCGAUGCAAAGUCUCCCAUCAUCCUCCAGAUGUCCCAGGGCGGAGCUGCCUACUUUGCCGGCAAGGGCGUGGGCAACAAGAACCAGGAAGCGUCCAUUGCUGGUGCCAUUGCCGCUGCACACUACAUCCGCGCCGUCGCUCCUUCCUACGGCAUUCCAGUCGUCCUCCACACUGAUCACUGCGCCAAGAAGCUGCUCCCAUGGCUGGACGGCAUGCUCGACGAGGACGAGAAGUUCUUCCAGGCCAACGGUGUGCCCCUCUUCUCCUCGCACAUGAUCGAUCUGUCCGAGGAAUCUGUCAAGGAGAACCUCGAGACCACUGCUGCCUACCUCAAGCGUGCCGCACCCAUGAAGCAAUUCCUCGAGAUGGAGAUUGGUAUCACUGGUGGCGAGGAGGACGGUGUCAACAAUGAGGAUGUGGACAACAACUCCCUCUACACACAGCCAGAGGACAUCUACGAGAUCUACAAGACUCUCGCACCAAUCUCGCCAUACUUCUCGAUCGCUGCUGGUUUCGGCAACGUCCACGGUGUCUACAAGCCAGGCAACGUCAAGCUGAGGCCAGAGCUGCUCCAGAAGCACCAAAAAUACGUGCAAGAGAAGGAGAACACCAAGGAGGAGAAGCCAGUCUUCUUGGUCUUCCACGGCGGCUCUGGCUCGAGCAAGCAAGACUACCUGGAUGCCAUCAGCUACGGUGUGGUCAAGGUCAACCUCGACACCGAUCUGCAGUACGCAUACACUGAGGGCAUCCGCGACUACAUGAUCUCGAAGAAGGACUACGUCAGCUCGCAAGUGGGCAACCCAGAUGGCGACGACAAGCCAAACAAGAAGUACUACGACCCCAGAGUGUGGGUCCGUGCCGGUGAGCAGACCAUGUCGAAGCGUAUCGCUGUCGCUCUCGAGGACUUCAACACUGCCAACCAAUUGUAGAUGUGGAUCAUCACCAACAAUUGUUAGUUGACUGCACAAAAUGAAUGAAUGAAAUGAACAGACUUC